AUGGAUGAAACGGAGGUGGUUGUUCAGUUGCAUCCGAAUCUGAACGAGAGCCGUUGUGUCAUAUCGUGUUUCGAGGCGAUCCGUAUGGAGGAGAAGGAUGUCCUGCGUGGUCUCAUCAGCCAAGGGGUCAUCCGUAUCCAACGGAUUACUCGAAGGGAGAACGGUAGGCCGGUGAAUACGUCCGCCUUGCUCCUAACAUUCAACAGGUGCAACUACCCGUCGCAAGUCAAAAUUGGUGUACUUCGAGUCUCUACCCGUCCAUAUUAUCCGAAUCCUCUUCUUUGUUACGGUUGCGUUCGCUAUGGUCAUCCUCGUGCACGUUGUCCUGGCCCGAAACGAUGCCUGAAUUGCUCUGCCGAGCAUGAGCUGUCGGAGGGUGCAGAAUGUGAAGCUGCUGCUCACUGCAUCAACUGCGGUGGACCCCAUCGUCCGAAUAAUCGACAAUGUCCGGUCUACAAGAAGGAGGUGGAUGUUAUCCGGAUGAAGGUGGAUAAGAACCUGACGUACCCCGAAGCCCGCAAGCGAAUUGAAUCAGGGUUUUUUAAUUACGCCGCAGCUGCAGCCCAGAAGACUGCCGACCGCAAGAAGCUGGAGGAACUCGAAAAGAAGAUGCAGGAGAAAGAUAACGAAAUAACGCAGCUGCUUGACGCGAUGAAGAAAAAGGACGAGAAAUCGAUAAGCUGUUGGCCCACAUCAGGAUGA